AUGUCAACCUUUACUCAUGGGCCAGGCGAUCCAAUGCCGACCUUCAGGAUCCCGCCUCCGCCAAUGGCCGCGAGUGCGUUCUGGAGCACCCCGGUGAUCAAAGACUCCCUGGCUAUCACAACCCGGACCCAGUUCGUGUGCAAGAUGGAGGAUACCGCGCAGAUGUGGCGAAGGAUCUUGGCAGUACGUUUUGAUGACUGGAGCCUUGCUGUUAGCCCUGUCAAUAGCCCGCUGACCGAACCUUCAGAGAGCCCCGAGCUGUCCGAUCUGUCCGAGUUAGAUGAUGACAUUGAUGAUGAAAGCAUGAGCUCAGGCUCUGAUAUCCCGUUUCGACCUCCUCCCGGCCUCCUUCCCUACUCGGUCCUGCCGCCCCCCCCACCACCACCAUUGUUUCUCUUCGGAACACGCAAUGGCAUACUGAACCGGCCCACAGCCGGCGGGCUGGGUAUGAGCAUCCCACCGGCAUCAGUCACUCAGCGCGGCGACUCUGUCAACAACGCCAGCAGCAGUGGGUCGGGCAUCCCUUGCCGGGCUACUCGCAGUUCAUUCCCAUAUCCGCCGCCCUUGUUUGUACGCCAGUACCUGGCGGCUGCAAGGGAGGGCACCCGAGUUGGGCCUAUCAGACGGUCCCAGACCCGCAGUGCUGCCAACCCUGAGACCUCACGACAGCCACUGAAGCCCUAUACACUCUUCGACCCAUCCUGGGACCUCGGACCGCCCACGCAGAUCCCACGUCAGGUUCUCUCUGCCCUGCGUUCGACAGCAAGCCACGAGGAAGACACAUCGCGCAGCGAUGCCAGCACUCAGCCCGAAGGCCCUGUGCACCCACACAGCCCGGCAACCGGAUCCUCGCAUAGCGAGGAAUCUCCAGCCUGUACCACCAGCCGUGCCCCUCCAAUCGUGGUUCACGAGCUGGGAACCGCCAUCUUCUCGCCCGAUGGCACCGAGACGGACUCCAACGUCCCAUCUCUAACCUCCACCUCUUCCCCAUCCACUCAUGAGGCGCCCUCAGACCCCUACACCUCCGCCUCGCCCUCCCUGAACUCCCCCUCCCCGCCUCCCACCCCACCCUGGAAAAUCACCGACCCCGCCCUCAUCCCAACCUACACCCUGAUCCAGACCAAGCACGACUGCAGGUCCGUGUCCAUGUUGCCCACGGAGAUGCUGACGCUGGUCAUGACCCGCGCCCUGCCAGGCCACCUCCCACUCCCGUUCCUGCUCCUCUACUGCCUCCCGGGGCUCGGCUACGAGAAAGACGAAGCCGCGAUGAUCGAGUGGCGCGACGUGAAGGAGCACGCGCUGCACGAGAUCUCGGAACUCGUGGACAGGUACACCGAUCUCAUUCCGGAGGACGGGGAGCGACAGCGCGCGCGCACGCAGCUGUUGGCGGACCUGCACUUCGGGAUCGCCACGGGGUCGAGCGUGCGCAUGUACGACUUCGAUCGCGGGGACGACGGGGUGUUUCUGCUCGAGGAGUGCGCGUGGGCCAAGCAGGCGGGGCCGCGGUUGAAUGUGCGCGAGACGCCGAUCGCGUUUUCGAACCUGGUGGAUCGCAUUGCGGGGUGGGAGAACUAG